AUGACGCACGCCAGGAACAAUGGCUCCCCGAACCCGCACGGCGAGGACCGCGGUCUUUUGAGCCACGGGCCCGACUACGACGACGACUACUUUGGCAUAGUCGCAGAUGAUCACAGCGGUAGCGGCAGUGGAAGCGCGAGCGCAGACUUGGGGAAGGCGUCGGGCAAGACUGAUAGCAAUGGCCAGCCUCGAACACCCGGCCGCGUGCGCUUCGACCUGACGCCCGAGAUCGUGCCGGUCAGCAAUGGACAGUCCUUCGGCGGCUUCAGAGACGACGAUAGCGAGAGACGGUCAUCCGACGAUGCAUACUUUGAUAUGGAGGAGGCGACGAGUCCGGCGCGGGCACAUCGUAUGCCUCUCCUGACAGACAUGGAAGCGCCAAGCGUGACGCUCGCCAACUCAAUGGGCGAUCCUUCCGAACUGGCAGAACACGAGAUGAACCGCCCCAAGUCAGGGCUCAAGUCGGCCUUUAUGAACAUGGCCAAUUCCAUCAUCGGCGCGGGUAUCAUCGGCCAGCCCUACGCUGUGCGCCAGGCUGGUCUCGUCGGCGGCAUCCUGCUGCUAGUAGGCUUGACGGUGGUGGUGGACUGGACCAUCUGCCUGAUUGUCAUCAACAGCAAGCUCAGCGGGACGAGUCACUUCCAGGGAACCGUUGAGCACUGCUUCGGACAGUCCGGGCUGAUCGCCAUUAGCGUUGCGCAAUGGGUGUUUGCGUUUGGCGGGAUGGUCGCGUAUGGCGUUAUCGUUGGCGAUACGAUUCCUCAUGUGUUGGUCGCCGUGUGGCCAAACUUGUCAGAGGUGCCCGUGAUAGGGCUUUUGGCGAAUCGACAGGUCGCGAUUGCGGUAUUCGUGCUGGGUAUUGGAUACCCCUUGACGCUUUAUCGGGACAUUUCAAAGUUGGCCAAAGCGAGUACGUUUGCGCUUGUUGGUAUGGUGGUUAUCGUCUUUACCAUUCUGGUGCAAGGCAUCGUGGCUCCCGCAUCAGAACGAGGCUCCUUCAGCCCAUCUCUUCUUUUAUUCAACGGUGGCUUUUUCCAAGCCAUUGGUGUUAUCUCAUUCGCCUUUGUUUGCCAUCACAAUUCACUCCUCAUUUACGGGUCUCUCAAGACACCUACCAUCGACAACUUUUCUCGUGUCACUCAUUACUCGACUGGUGUAUCGAUGGUGUUCUGUCUUGUACUUGCUCUGGGUGGUUUCCUUACAUUCGGUGACAAGACCAUGGGCAAUGUUCUCAACAACUUUCCUGCCGACAACACCAUGGUCAACAUUGCGCGUCUUUGCUUUGGCCUCAACAUGCUUACCACACUUCCACUCGAGGCAUUUGUGUGUCGUGAAGUGAUGUUGACAUACUUCUUCCCCGAUGAGCCCUUCAACAUGAACCGCCACCUGCUCUUUAGCACGAGUCUUGUCGUGUCAGCUCUUGUGUUGAGUUUGGUGACAUGUGAUCUUGGUGCUGUGUUUGAACUCGUGGGAGCAACGAGUGCAGUGGCCAUGGCGUACAUCCUGCCUCCAUUGUGCUACAUCAAGUUGACAACACGGAGUUGGCGGACAUACAUGGCUGGUGCGGUGGUAGCAUUUGGCAUAGUCGUCAUGACUAUUAGUGUGAUCCAGGCGGUGCAAAAGAUGGUGAACAGCAAAGAUGGACCGGCGCAAUGUGCAUAA